AUAGUGAAGCCCAAAGUGGCCUCCAUGGAGGAGAUGGCCACCUUUUACACUGAUGCCUACCUACAGCAUCUCCAGAAGAUCAGCCAAGAAGGGGACGAGGAUCAUCCCGACUCCAUAGAAUAUGGACUAGGUUACAAUUGCCCAGCCACUGAAGGGAUAUUUGAAUUUGCUGCAGCAGUAGGAGGGGCUACAAUCACAGCUGCCCAGUGCCUGAUUGAUGGGAUAUGUAAAGUAGCAAUUAACUGGGCCGGAGGGUGGCAUCAUGCAAAGAAAGAUGAAGCAUCUGGUUUUUGUUAUCUCAAUGAUGCUGUCCUGGGAAUAUUACGAUUGCGACGGAAAUUUGAACGUAUUCUCUAUGUGGAUUUGGAUCUGCACCAUGGCGAUGGUGUAGAAGAUGCCUUCAGUUUCACCUCUAAAGUCAUGACUGUGUCCCUGCACAAAUUCUCUCCAGGAUUUUUCCCAGGUACAGGUGAUGUGUCUGAUGUAGGCUUAGGGAAAGGACGCUACUACAGUGUGAAUGUGCCUAUUCAGGAUGGCAUACAGGACGAGAGGUAUUACCACAUCUGUGAAAGUGUACUAAAGGAGGUAUACCAAGUCUUUAAUCCUACAGCAGUGGUCUUACAGCUGGGAGCAGAUACGAUAGCUGGAGAUCCCAUGUGCUCCUUUAAUAUGACUCCAGUGGGGCUUGGCAAUUGUCUUAAGUAUAUCCUUCAGUGGCAACUGGCAACACUCAUUUUAGGAGGAGGAGGCUAUAACCUUGCCAACACAGCUCGUUGCUGGACAUAUUUGACCGGGGUCAUCCUAGGGAAAACACUAUCCUCUGAGAUCCCAGAUCAUGAGUUUUUCACAGCAUAUGGUCCUGAUUAUGUGCUGGAAAUCACGCCAAGCUGCCGGCCAGACCGCAAUGAGCCCCACCAAAUCCAGAAAAUCCUCAACUACAUCAAAGGCAAUCUGAAGCAUGUGGUCUAAUUGACAAAAAGAGAUCAGAUUUCCAGAGCUGAGAAGCAGUGCCUGUAAUGAAGACAGUGUGUUUAUGUGAGCAGUUUGUGGAAUUUGUGACUGCAGGGGAAGUUUGGAAGAAAUUACUUCCUGAAAAUUUCCAAGUGGUACCAAGUGGCAACUGGCCUCCUGGGGUGAAGAGGCAGGCACCCUAGAGUCCUCAACUAGACCUAGGGGAAGAGGGAGAUAUUCAACAUUUAAAAGUGUUUAUUUUUUUUAAUACACAUUUUUAAUCUCUGGAGAUUAUUUUUGAGUAAGUUGGGGAAGGGGUAUUUUUUAUUUUCUUAAAGGAGACAGACAAAAUGCUGGAGGAUAGUACAGAAUUUGCUGAUCACCAGUUUCUUGGUUGAGAGGCACUGGAUAGGAACAGUUACCGACAGGAACAGUUAUGACAUCAGGAUCAUCCAGGUAGAACCUGGAGGAGGGGGGACCAAUUAUGAGUGGGAGGUAAGGAAGAAGCCCACAGGUGGUGUUUUAGGAUUCUGAAUUUAUGUUGUUUAUUAAUAAAAUAUUUGAAAAC